AUGCGCAUUGAUUUGCCGAACACAUUCCACAGGCCAGUUCUCUUCAGGAAAGCAGGAACCACGGAAUACGUGGGAUCAUUUGAUGUGAAGCAGGGUAGGCUUGAGAUGCUUGGAAAGGAGUACGCCCAGCCAUUUGAGAUCAUGAAGUACGCAGCAGAGGGAGUUGAUGGUACUGCGGCGUACACUGAGACAGUUGGAAUAAAGCUGGCUGAUUCUGUUGAGUUUCUGACCAAUUCUGAUCAUAAUCCAGUGAAAUCAGGUUAUCAGCAACAAUACGAAAUUAUUCAAAUGAAUCAGGGGAGCAUUUCAACCAAAACACUCGUCCAAAUCAGGUCAGUGACUGAUGGAUCAUGUUUGACCGCUAGUUUGGAGGAGAAUCUGCUCUUUUACGAUUGUAAUUUGGGUAAUGGUGAUCAGAUAUUUGAGAUUGAGGAAGUUGGUCUGGCUGAUUUCAGUGAUGGAUUCUUCAUCAAGAACUUCGUAGACGACAAGUUCAUCACGUUCAACAGGAACGGGGUUGGAGCAGCAUUGGGGACUGAGAAGGAGUUGGCGCACCUGUUUUAUACGGCAGAAGGAGGAGACGUGGGUGAUACGAGGAAUCAGGUUGUGAUUGAUGCAAAUGGAACUGAUGAAAUCUACGAUAGAAACAGGGAUUUGAUUCGUAAGCAGAGUGGACACGUGUAUGAUGUUCAAACAGGAGAGAUGCCAUUGACAGGAUACGAGAAGGAGUAUGCGCUGUUCAGGGAGUCAGACGGGAAUCUGAUGACAGAGAGGGCACAUCUUGGCAGUACCAAAUCAACAAAUUUAUUUAGAAUUGAUCAGGUGAAUGAAAAUGUGUACAAAAUACGCACAGGGAAAGGAGCGUGUUUGGAGUACGAUAAUGUGAGCAGAGGAUACAAAUUCAAGAAGUGUGAGACCACAAACAUGCAGUUGUUUGAGCUACUGAAUAUUGAACAGAAGGAGGUGUUUGAUAGAAUACGGCCAGAGGUGUUAGUUAGUGAGGAAGGUAUUUUUGUUGAAUUAGCUAGUAAAACAGGAGGAGCAGCCUACCUUGGAAACAAGGACAACAGACUUGGAGUUGUAGGAAACAAGAAGAAGGCAUUGCACCUGAAUGAUCGUCUUGAGUUUGUUGAUACGCUGGUGUAUCAGGAUGGUGGAAUAUUGAUCACACCAAGUGAUCAUAUUGAUGGGAUAAUGGAAGUGAGGAUGGUAAAGAAUCAAAAUGAUCAUAAAAGCACCAAUUUGAUUGUAGGAGGGAAGUGUUUGACCUAUAAGAGCGUAAGUCAGGAAUUCAGUUUGGAGCCAUGCAAGAACAAGGAAGGACAGAAUUACAGGGUGGUUGAAGAGAGAUACAAGGACAAUUUGUAUGGGAAUCAAACAAGAAGGGUUGAUACGGUGAAUUCUGACAUAUUUGUGGUUGUAAGAUACAUAAAACACGGUGAAAUGUUCAAAACAGAACCAGUUGACUUGGGAAAUGGUGGAGAAAGUGGGGUAGAGAGCAAACCUGAAACACAGAGCAGCAAAACAAGGACCAAUCCAUCACUACAUGACGUAAUGACCAUAACUAACAGUGAUAAAAUGAAUAUGAGACAGGCCUACAGAAACACGCCUUUUGACAAACUGACUGAGACAGAAUUGAGACAAUUCGAAAAUAAGCAGGUUCAUAGAAUGAAGAUGUCGGAAAUACAGAGGUUGACGCACAACAAGCUGUCUGAGACAGAAAUAGAAGACGUAAAAGAGAGAUCCAAAUCAAUGGUGCACAUCAAUACACACUACAACAAUAACAGGUUUAUCAAGAGCAACUGGUGUCUCCUACAAGACAACUUCAAAAUGAACUACAUGAAGGAAAACAAGGUGAAUGAAACCAAAGCAGCCAGGUGGAUAGCACCAAACAACCAAUAG